AUGACAACUUGCCAACAAAUUAGAGCUUCUACCAUUGACAAGCUUCAUUACCAUCGUCAUCCAUACCAAAGCCCUAGAUCUUCAAUGAUUGGGAUUGCUGACAUUUUGAAUAAAGAUUCUCCUCCAAAUGAUCAGACUCUGACCCUGUCAAAUACAAUUAAAGAAUGCGAGAGUCUGGAUAAUAACUCUACUUGUUCCAAUCCUCAGAAAGAUUCACCUGAGAUUUCUGAUCGUUCUAUAUCUGAUGAAAUUACAACUAUAGAAAAGACUUCGUUGCAAGCUUUAACUUCAGCGUCAGACGACAUAACAACACAUCAUUUGUCUAUUAAAUCUCCUACUCAUGUCGAAAUCCCUCCAAUAUCUAGUUUAACAAAGCUUUUGUCUAGGCAGUUCAACCCCCCUCAAGCUGGUUCAAUUAAAGCUCCAGGUCAGCCUUCUUCUAAUAAUCAUUUAGCAUAUCUCCCUACACGUCGAAUAACAAGUAGCCAUUAUGGUGGGUUCAUUGAUAAUGCGUUAGAAAGUAGAAAAGCUCGGUCCAAUUCAUUACAGCUGCUGUCGCUGUCUCCCUCGUUACAACUGAGUCUGUCUAUCUCCUCUCCAUUGAUAGAUAGUAGUAACUUGGUCUCAACCGCAGCAUCUCCGACAAGAAGUCCAAAGAGUAGGCAAUCGUCUUUUGUAAGAGAACCAUCUUUGCUUACAGUGGAAGUCAAAGAUGUUGAAUUAUCUACUUCUGUUAAGAGAUUGCUUUCUAGAAAACCAAGAAUUCCAAAGUCAAGAAUUCAUAAAAAGAUAUUGGCUUCAAAGAAGUUUGUACAGUUAUCUAUUCGAAGAAAAAAUGGAACAUCACAUUCUACAGGCGACCCUGGAGAUAUAUCUAAGCACAUAGAGAAUUCCACAAUGGGGGGAAAUCAAAUCUCAAACUACGAUGCUAAUGCUGGAUCACUGGGUUCUAAAUUACAUUUUAAAUCCUUGGAAGCAGGCAUGAAAGUCAAGUUAACAUUAAGUAACUCAUUUGUCUCCUUGUAUAAUCAUUUGAUACCAGGAGUAAACAAGAGGCAAAUAUAUAAGCUUGUUGGACAAAGUAAAAAUGAAGGAAUCAGUUGUACUUAUGUGACAGUUCCUGCUCAAUCCGACUCCAGUGUGGUAUCUCUGCCUGUUCAAAUAAUUGAUUCCAGUCUUGUAAACAUGGCAGAUAUCCCAAACAAGGUACUUAGAAGCUUGGCAAACUUACCAACUUUCAAUUCAUUCAAUACUGCAGUGAACACUUUAUUUGGUGGUGUUGCAGACUAUACUCUUGUACGAGUUACCCGUUCCAGUGCAACAACAAACGAAAGAUCUGUAUUAUUAAAGUUGGAAACAGCUAAGCCGGGAGAUUUUUCGCUUAUUGAUGAUGACGAAAGUGCAGAGGAAAUGUUGCAUAGCUUAGGGAAAACAGGAGACUCACCUAGUAAUAUUUUCGUUAAAAAGAUUGUUGCAAGACCAAGGUACAAGUCCAAGAUGAAGAUUUACAUGAUUCCUGUAAAUCAAGAUUGCGUAUUAUAUACCGAUGAAAGGAUGUUUGAAAGAGAUUUAUAUAAUGGUAUCGUUGAUUUGACUGACACGAAUCCUGACAGAAAGGAAAUAUUUGUCACUUUUUCGGUUAAUCAUAUAAUUCAAGAGUAUAACUCUUUGGUUAAAAUGUCGGCAUUAGAAUCUCCUCUUGAACAACCUGUGCCUGGCCUGCCGUUGCCACCUCAAAACUUUGGCGAGAAACACUCUUGGCCAAUGGGCUAUUCUACAUCUACACCAGGAAUCAUUAACUACACUAAUUACUCGAGUUCUACAACGAGUAGAAUAAGCUCAAAGAAUUCCCCAGGAGGGUCUAUAUCAUCUUGA